AUGGAGAGAGCGGAUUCGUCUGCACUGGCUCGCUCCCGAUUAACCGUCCUAUCAGCCCACUUGAAGGCUUGUCUCAAAUCCUCGUCAUUCGGCUCUGUGAUCCAACCAUCUUGUGUUUCAGCUCAAUCUGGGAUCCAGCCUCCUGGAGAUCUCAAUGAUUCAUUGACCAUCGUUGAAGAUCAAACAGGAAAAAAAUAUAGAGGCUACCCAAUUGAAGAGUUGGCCGAGAGUAGUUCUUUUCUGGAAGUGGCGUACCUCUUAAUGUAUGGGAAUUUACCUUCUGAAAGUCAAUUAGCAGACUGGGAAUUUGCUAUUUCUCAAAACUCAGCUGUUUUACAGGGAAUUUUGAAUAUCAUACAAGUUAUGCCUCAUGAUGCUCAUCCGAUGGGUGUAUUUAUCAGUGCAAUGAGUGCUUUUUCUAUUUUUCAUCCAAAUGCCAAUCAUGCUCUUAGAGGGCAAGAUCUUUACCAGUCAAAACAAGUGAGAGAUAAACAAAUAGCAUGCGUACUUGGGAAGGCACCCACCAUUGCAGCAAACAGAAAACUCGAACAGAAGUUUGACAUCAAAGAUUUCCCCACCCUUUUUAUUGUGAAAGAUGGAGGAAAGAAAGUUCAAGAAUGGAUGCGAAAUCUAUGGAAAAGACACCCGAAAUCUUGA